AUGGCGGCAACAAACAAAAAAUUUGCCGAACUUAGCGAAGAGAACGAAGAGGAAAUUAAUAAUGAAAGAAAUUGUGAAUGUAACGUUUUUGGAAUUGCUAGGAAUUUUCACUUGAUAUUUAAAAGCAAUUUUUGCCUUUACACAGGUGUCAUGGGUGGAUCUCACUAUACUCAUAACGGUGGUGGUUCAAACUAUCUCUGCAUGCCUUUUGACCCAAUCUACGAUAAAGUAAAAGCUGGCAACCAAGGUUAUUCUUACAUUUAUGGUGUAGAAUACGAAAUGAAUGCACAUGCGUCUCUUUUUCCAACCAACCUUCAUGAUCACGACGCUACGUGCGCUGUUUGUGAAGCUGAGUAUCGUGGCAGCCAGCUUAUGAUACCUGCACGUAAUGUCUGUCCAUCUGGUUGGAAUCUUGAGUACAAAGGUUAUCUAAUGUCUGAUAAUAUCGGUCAUAAACGAACACAAUUCAUUUGUGUUGAUUCUGAUCCUGAGGCUGUUCGAGGAACUCAUAGUAACUUGAACGGAGGGUUGUUGUACGUCGUUGAGAGUCACUGCGGUUCUCUGCCAUGUUUGCCUUAUGUACAAGGCCAGGAACUGACAUGCGCUGUGUGCACUAAGUAAACCUACAGUACUCGUAUACACUGUAUUUCAUUUUUUUAAUGUCGUUCACAAUGUAACUUGAAGCAAUAAAGAAGCAGUUACAA